UGUCUGCAGCCUGUCUGUCCGUGUCUUGUUUUGUGUGCAUGUAGAGGGUGAGUGAAGCAGAGGAACGUGUGCCCAGGUCCUUUUAAAGAAAAGAACCUGGACUCCAGUGUGUGUUGUAAUGUGACGCAUUUUGAUACUACAUUUAAUCAUUUGCACUUAUGAAAGAGAGGUAUUUAUUUUUAUUUAUCCGAAAGUAGCCAUUCUGCUGAGCCAAACGGGCGCGGUGUGGCUUUGUUGUUUUGUAAAGAUCCAAUACUUUCUGCCUGCUAGUAAGUUCAAUAGUUUUAGUUUAUUAUAGUUGAGACAAGAUGUCCACUGACUGCCAGAAGACCACUGCCCAGGCCAUCCCGACCACCAGGAGGGUGACCAUCAACGACGCGGAGCACAUGCCCCACGACUACUCCACUACUCCCGGGGGGACCCUGUUCAGCACCACCCCUGGUGGUACCAGGAUCAUCUACGACCGUAAGUUCCUGUUGGGGUGUCGCAGCUCUCCGGUGGCAAAGACUCCUCCGAGAGGUCUGCCCAACAUUCCAGGGGUGACCAGCCCUCCCUCCAAAGACACCAAUGAGAAGGUCCAUAGUGGGAAACUACUGAACAACAACAUCGCUGCACCUGAUAGCAGCAACACUGGUGAUGACUCACAGUUUGAAAUGGACAUCUAAGUGGUCCUGGAACGAGUAUUAAGAUGUCAGACUCACCAACACGAUGCUGUGAAGAGAGGCUCAGGAGCAUCUUCUUAUUUCCCAUCAUCCAUUCCAUAAAGACAGAGGUUCGCCUUCAGUAUCUCCAGUGUCUUAGUGUUUUAGAGUCUAUCUUUAUCAAACUCAUUUGCCCAGAACAAAUCUGUAAUGAAACUUUUUCUGUCUGCCUCAAGGCUUAAACCUGGUUUUUGUGUGACAAAGUGUGCCUUCCUGUAGUGGCUAAAAGUUUAAAAUCAACACUGAGAAGUACUUAACACCAACAAAGCCUCAUCCCGUAAGACCUGAGAUAAAAAUAAUGAAAAUUAAGAUCAUUUGGGGAAAAAGAAUAAUUGGAAUUUGCUGAAUCCAUUCCAAAAGGGGUUUUCACAUGAUGUACUUUUAUAUCCACAUAUUUCCUGACACCUCUUUUCAGAUAUCGCCUUUGAAUCUUCAAGAUACUGUAUAAUUUGUCGAUCGUGCUUUUAAAAAACGAGAUCUUCACCCGAAGUGUCAUACGGAGAAUGUAAAACAUAAUCUUGUCGAUGAAAUUUUUGAAACAGAUUUUCACAUGGUUUGUAGGGUGAACAAAGCAUUAAAGCAAACACCAUUAAAGCAAA